AUGGCAGGCGUCCUCGUCGAUAUGCCGCUGGGCAUUCCCUCAACACUGCCAAAGGCUGCCCUGAACGAUGCGAUUCCAGACAUCGACCCCCUCGAGGGCUCGACGAACGACGAUGAGGAUGGGUAUUCUAUCUUGAAAAGAUACCAGAGACACCUAGAGUAUAUACAGCUACAGGAAGAAUACAUCAAGGAUGAACAGAGGAGUCUUAAACGAGAGCUCGUCCGGGCACAGGAGGAGAUCAAGCGUAUCCAGAGUGUACCCUUGGUAAUUGGGCAGUUUAUGGAGGCCAUCGAUCAGAAUACCGGUAUCGUACAGUCUUCGACAGGCUCAAAUUAUGUCGUUCGUAUCCUCUCUACCCUCGAUCGAGAGAAGCUGAAGCCUUCCUCCUCCGUUGCUCUCCACCGCCACUCCAACUCCCUCGUCGACAUUCUUCCUCCAGAGGCCGACUCAUCCAUUGCCAUGCUCGGAGCGAAUGAGAAACCAGACGUCACAUAUGCCGAUGUUGGUGGACUGGACAUGCAGAAACAGGAGAUCAGAGAGGCCGUCGAGCUUCCGCUCACCCAUUUUGAUCUUUACAAGCAAAUCGGUAUCGACCCGCCACGCGGUGUACUGCUAUACGGACCCCCAGGUACCGGCAAGACCAUGCUGGUCAAGGCCGUCGCCAACAGCACAACCGCCAACUUCAUCCGAGUAGUGGGAUCCGAGUUCGUGCAGAAAUAUCUCGGCGAGGGACCCCGAAUGGUCCGUGACGUAUUCCGAAUGGCCCGCGAGAACUCGCCGGCGAUUAUCUUCAUCGACGAGAUCGACGCCAUCGCCACGAAGCGAUUCGACGCCCAGACCGGUGCAGACAGAGAAGUUCAGCGUAUCCUCCUCGAGCUGCUCAACCAGAUGGACGGAUUCGACCAGACCAGCAACGUCAAGGUCAUCAUGGCCACCAACCGAGCGGACACCCUUGACCCGGCUCUCUUGCGUCCCGGCCGACUUGACCGUAAGAUCGAGUUCCCAUCGCUGCGAGAUCGACGAGAACGACGUCUGAUUUUCUCGACUAUCGCGGGUAAGAUGUCGUUGUCACCGGAGGUUGACCUGGACUCGCUCAUCGUCCGUAACGAUCCGCUUUCUGGAGCUGUUAUCGCGGCCAUCAUGCAGGAGGCCGGUCUACGUGCCGUGCGCAAGAACAGAUACAACAUCAUCCAGUCCGAUCUCGAGGACGCAUACUCCAGCCAGGUCAAGGGCGGGCAAGACGCAGACAAGUUCGACUUCUACCGCUAA